CUACUGUGUUAUUAGAUUAGAUUAUUUUUGACUCUUCAUUUCUCUCCCAAGGCUACCCGGGCAGCUUUUUCGGCAUUCGUUCGAGAAUAAGAAGGGGCAAAGCGAACCCUAGAAGCUGGUGGUGUCCUGCUUCUGCUUCAGCUUGGAGUAAUCGCAGAUCAGAGAAGCUUCAGCCAUGGAAGCACCGAGCUUGACUUCCUUUUGGGGCUUUUUCCUUGUUUCACUAACCCUAACUACAGCUCAGCUCGUUUCUGCUAAUUCCGAAGGAGACGCACUUUACACCCUCAGGCGGAGCUUAUCGGAUCCCGAUAACGUGCUCCAGAGCUGGGAUCCCACCCUUGUUAACCCUUGCACUUGGUUCCAUGUCACCUGCAACCAGGAUAACCGUGUCACCCGAGUGGAUCUCGGUAACUCGAACCUAUCUGGACAUUUGGUACCUGAACUUGGGAAACUAGAGCAUCUACAGUAUCUUGAGCUGUACAAAAACAACAUUCAAGGAAUUAUUCCUCAAGAGCUUGGAAGCCUCAAGAGUCUCAUUAGCUUGGACUUGUAUAACAACAACAUAUCAGGGACAAUUCCUCCUUCAUUGGGGAAGUUGAAGAGUCUCGUCUUUUUACGACUUAAUGACAACAGAUUGACUGGUCCAAUCCCCAGGGAACUUGUUGCUAUUUCAAGCCUUAAAGUAGUGGACGUCUCCAACAAUGAUUUGUGUGGAACAAUUCCUACAACUGGACCGUUUGAGCAUAUUCCAUUAUCAAACUUUGCAAAUAACCCUCGCUUGGAAGGUCCGGAGUUGCUGGGACUUGCUAGUUAUGACACAAACUGCUCGUGAAUAAAAUGAUGCCAGAAGAUCUUAAUCUGCAUCCAAUUAUAUAGUAUGUAUUCAAAAAUCUAAAGGUAUUACCUCUUAGAGUAAUGGGGAUGGGCAGUGGUAUAUGUAAUCGCUAGUGUCUGUAAAUUUUACAAACUUAUAUGGGCAUUGUAACUAUUGCGGUGAUCUUCUAAUGAUGUCGGAAGACAGAUUUGUAUUGGUAUAACCCCAGAAAAUGAAUCCUCCUGCACUUGUCAGUGAUCUUUAUGAGUCUCCAAUGGCAAUGUAUCUCUAAUAUUUUAA